AUGCCGAAUGUCGUCACGCCGGGAGACAUUGCAAAAUGCCGACCCGCUGGAGCGGGCAGCAUUUCGAAUACGACACGGCCACGUGACGUGUAUCAGCCAAUCAUGUUCACGGAAUCUCACAUGAGGUUUGAAAACGAGGAGAUAAAUGGAAGACUUCUUGGUGACAGUGGUUACGCAAAUGAACCAUAUUUACUCACACCAUUAUUAAACCCAGCAACUAGAGCCGAACGAAGGUACAACCAAGCUCAUGUCCGCACACGAUCGGUAGUCGAGCGAUUGUUCGGGAUAUGGAAACGACGCUUCCCGUGUUUGAAGCAUGGAAUUCGUACGAAACUCCAAGCUGCUCUACAGGUUAUCCUCGCUACAGCUGUCUUAAAUGAAAUAGCCCGCCUCCUAAAUGAACCUGAUGUUUAUCAAGAUGAUGAUGGUGAAGAUGAUGAUGAUGAUGAUGAUAAUGAUGAUAAUGAUGAUGAUGACGUCGACGUCCCGGGCGAGAGAAACCGACGAUAUAGACAAGGCCAUGCUGUUCGAAGAAGUAUUAUUGAGAACCACUUCACAAAUUAG